AUGGGGAUUGUUCUUCUUUCUUACGUGCAUUGGAUUGCCUUGAUCAAACCUUCGGAAAGUCUUGUUUAUACAUCCUGUUUUGGCACUUAUCAAUGCGCACGCCUGAGUGUACCAAUAGACUGGAAUUCAACGAGCUCUAACGGAUCUCGAGUCGCAAUUGCUAUUAUGAAAAUGCCAGCUCCAGUCCCUAUCACUGAUUACAGAUAUGGUGGCGCGAUUUUGCUCAACCCUGGAGGUCCGGGUGGCUCCGGGAUCAACUUCAUGCUUCGAGAAGCCGUCAACAUCUCCGAAGCCGUCAACCCGCUCUCAUCUGCUGGGACAACUCAAGAGGGCAAAUAUUUCGACCUCAUCUCGUGGGAUCCUCGUGGUGUGAACAACACUACCCCUCAUCUGGAAUGCUUCCACGAUGCAUUGUCCUACGAUUUCUGGAGAUACCAGGAGGAAGUUGGUGGGAUUGAUCACACCUCUGAUAUCUCGCUCUCCUUAGCAUGGGCAAGAUGGAAGGCAUUGAUGGAAACAUGUGCUAAGGGAAAGUCGACUACCUCUAGAAAGGAAAAUGGAGAUCUUUUUGCUUGGGAAGCGGUGCUCGACAGAACGAAACGGUAUAAGGGCGACGAGAAACUUCAAUACUGGGGCUUUUCCUACGGAACGGUGCUUGGCGCAACUUUCGCCGCCGUGUACCCGGAACGCGUUGGACGAAUGGUCUUAGAUGGUGUGGCAGACGCAUACGAUUACUACCCCACAGGGUGGAUGCGGAAUCUCAACGACACUGAUAAAAUCAUGUCCAAAUUCUACGAGUAUUGCAGUGAAGCAAGGCCAGAGAAGUGUGCCAUGAACAUCGGCAAUUCAUCAUCAUCCGAUAUUCAGAAUUUAGUGGAGUCACUUAUCUCUCCUGCGAUCGUCACUUAUUUGGACGUAUUGUCGAUGUUUCGAACAAUGCUAUACCGACCAUUACACUAUUUUCCAGAGAUGGCGGAGCUUCUGGCGGAUCUUGUGCAUGGCAACGGUACCGCAUUUGCAGUGUACAAGCAAAAUGCUUACAAGCGAACUUGCCCGCUGACUGAUGCCAAAGACGAGAAGAGCGGAGGUAGCUCAUGCCAACCACCGACAGGAGGCGAAGAGGUAACCAGAGUUAUACUUUGUUCAGAUGGUAGGGAUAUUUCUAAUUCCAUGAAAGUGGAUUUCAAAGGGAAUAUCACAGCACUUUAUCAGCAAAGCAAAUACUUUGGACUUUUUGGUCGUCAGUCACUAUGCCUUGUAGUCAUUGGAAGCGCGCAUGCUAUGUCUAAAAGGUUCCGCGGCUCCGUUGUCCUCCAGCAGAAUUCUGAAGGACACUGCACUGGACAAUCGCCAUCAGUGUGUACUUAUGGUUUCAUCUGCAACUAUUUCCAGACUGGCGACUUGCCACCAGUCGGGGCAAUAUGCCAACCUGAUGAGCUUCCCCUUGUUGGCAACGCGACUGUCCCCAAGGGCGACUUCUCAGAGAAGAUGACGUUUCCUCUGUUGACUUAA